GACAAGCCAAGUCGUACAAGGUGCGCGUCUUUUAUCACACCUCGCCCAAGGCCAGCGGCGUGCAGUGGCUGGCGCCCGAGCAAACCUCGGGCAAGCAACACCCCUUUCUCUUCUCCCAGUGCCAAGCCAUCCACGCUCGUAGCAUGGUGCCCUGCCAAGACACGCCCUCUUCCAAGUGCACCUACUCGGCCUCAGUUCGCGUACCCCGCCCUCUUCAAGCACUCAUGAGUGCCAAGCUUGUGGGCGAGGCGCAAACCGGCAAUGAUGUCAUUUACAAGUUUGAGCAGCCCGUGGCCGUGCCCACCUACCUCAUUGCCAUUGUGGUGGGCAAGCUGGAAUCGCGCGACAUCAGCCCACGCUGCCGAGUGUGGAGCGAACAUGAGAGCAUUGAAGCAAGCGCCAAAGAGUUUGAAGAUAUGGAGCAAAUGCUGCAGGCGGCUGAGGACCUGCUGGGCCCCUACGUUUGGGAGCGCUACGAUCUGCUUGUCUUGCCCCCGUCCUUCCCCUACGGCGGCAUGGAAAACCCAAUGCUGACGUUUGUGACACCCACGCUGCUCGCCGGCGACAAAUCGCUGACCUCGGUCGUCAUUCACGAAAUCACCCACAGCUGGACCGGCAAUCUGGUAACAUCAGCCACAUGGGAGCAUUUCUGGCUCAAUGAAGGGUUUACUGUCUUUUGCGAGCGCAAGAUUGUCGGUGCCUUGCAUGGCGAGCCUGCGCGCCAAUUUAGUUCGAUUGGCGGCCUCAAGUCACUGCGCGACAGCAUCGACGUUUUUGGUGAGACCAACCCUCUGACGGCACUUUGUCCGAAGAUUGACGAAGCUACAGACCCCGACGAUGCCUUUAGCAGUGUACCCUACGAAAAGGGUUCCAACCUGCUCUACUACAUUGAAACCCUGGUGGGUGGACCCGCGCAGAUGGACCCUUUUCUCAAGGCAUACAUCAAGCAAUUUUCCCACAAGUCCAUCACGACUGAUGACUUUAAGACGUUUCUCUACUCCUUUUUUGCAGACAAGAAGGAAGUACUGGACAACAUCGACUGGGAGUCUUGGUUCAACACCCCCGGCAUGCCCCCGGUAGAAAACCAGUUUGAUAAUGCACUUGGCGCCGAAGCUACUGCGCUGGCCGACCAGCUGUUGGCUGACAAGGCCGUGGAAGGCUGCCAAGAGAAGUUUGCGCAACUCAAUUCCAACCAAGUGUGCACAUUGCUUGACCGAUUGCUCACAUCGAAAAAGGCCGACGUGGCUCUUCUGCAAGCCAUGGACAAGGUCUUGAAGCUGGGCGCCAGCCAGAACAGUGAGAUUCGCUUCCGAUGGCUGCGGCUGGCCCUGCAGUGCAACUGGGAGGAGCAAUACUCUGAGGUGGUCAAGUUUGCCACUGAGCAGGGGCGCAUGAAGUUUGUUCGUCCGCUCUAUCGCGAGCUGAGCCAGGCUAAGAAUGGCGCUGAACUGGCACGCAAGACCUUUGAGGAGCACCGCGCCACGUAUCACAACAUUGCUGCCACCAUGGUGGCCAAGGAUCUCAAACUCUAGAGAGGGAGAUCGAAUAGCUUGACAAGGAGCACGCAGUGCCUCUUGCCGUCAAUUGAAGCCCAGCGCUAAACAAAACAAAAAAUCAGAGUCCCCACUGCCCAUAAUGUUGGAACUACAACCAGCUCUCCCCUACUCUGCAGGUGUGGCUGUGGCGCGACGCCGCCCGAUUAAGGUACGCUCGCGCAGCUUGUUGGCAAAGAGCCAACGCCAUUCGAGAUCGGCAAACUCCUCUCCCAGCUGCUGGUGACACGACUCGAAGGUGCGGGUUGAAUAUUGGACCGACUUGCUGCGCAGUUUGGCAGUCACGACCAGGAGAGCUCCAGGACGCAUGACGGGAAUCACCUCGCGCACAAUGGCCAGGCAGUUGUCCAUUUCAGUGUUCAUGUCACAGACAACCAAGUCAUAUGGGCCCCGCUCAAGCAUUUGGGGCAUGGCAUCUUGCACACGGGCGCGAAAAUGCACCACGUUGGGUAAGGCAGUGACGGCCUGACUGAGCAUGGCCGGGUCCACGGCCACCACCAGCUCGCAAUGGCGGGCCAGAUACUCUGUCCAGCCGCCGGGCGCGGCGCCAAUGUCGACCGCACGCGCACCCGGAG